AUGAGUUCAUACGAUUUCCAUCCUUCUGAACCUGGUGCUGAUUUACCACGUCCAAAACAUAUAAGAAGAUUCACUGGAUUUUCUCCAGCAGAAAUCAAAACAAUUGAUUCUGUAAUCCCAUUAAAAUCAAGAGAAACUUGGAAAAAAUUUGGUGUUGAUAAAUUUGACUCUAAAGAAACAUUUGAAAAAAAUUUUGUUAAUCAUGUUGAAACUACACUUGCUCGUUCCUUGUAUAAUUGUGAUGAAUUAGCUGCUUAUCAAGCAACUUCCAACUCGGUUCGUGAUAAUUUAAUUACUGAUUGGAAUAAAACUCAACAAAAACAAACCACUAAAGAUCAAAAAAGAGUUUAUUAUCUUUCAUUAGAAUUCUUGAUGGGUCGUGCUUUAGAUAAUGCUUUAAUUAAUACAAAUAAUAGAGAAUUAGUUUCAGAUGCUACUGAUGAAUUAGGUUUCAAUUUAGAAGAUUUAAUUCAACAAGAACCUGAUGCCGCUUUGGGGAAUGGUGGGUUAGGUAGAUUAGCUGCAUGUUUUGUUGAUUCUCUUUCCACUGGGAAUUAUCCUGCUUGGGGUUAUGGUCUAAGAUAUCAAUAUGGUAUCUUUGCACAAAAAAUUAUUGAUGGUUAUCAAGUUGAAACUCCUGAUUAUUGGUUAAAAUUUUCAAAUCCUUGGGAAAUCCCAAGAAAGGAAAUUCAAAUCCCAAUUGAUUUUUAUGGUUAUGUUGAACAUACCAAGGAUGAUCAAGGUCAAACUAAAGUUAAUUGGGUUGGUGGUGAAAGAGUUCUUGCAGUUGGUUAUGAUUUCCCAACUCCUGGUUAUAAGACUUCAAAUGUUAAUAAUUUAAGAUUAUGGAGUGCUGAACCAACAACAGAAUUUGAUUUUUCAAAAUUUAAUGCAGGUGAUUAUCAAAAUUCAGUUGCAGGUCAACAAAGAGCUGAAUCAAUAACUGCAGUAUUAUAUCCAAAUGAUAAUUUUGAUUCUGGUAAAGAAUUGAGAUUAAAACAACAAUAUUUUUGGGUUUCAGCUUCUUUACAUGAUAUCCUUAGAAGAUUUAAGAAAACCAAAAGACCAUGGUCUGAAUUUACUGAUCAAGUUGCAAUUCAAUUAAAUGAUACUCAUCCAACUUUAGCUAUUGUGGAAUUACAAAGAGUUUUAGUUGAUUUAGAAGGUUUACCAUGGGAUCAAGCUUGGGAAAUUGUUACAAAUACUUUUGGUUAUACAAAUCAUACAGUUAUGACUGAAGCUUUAGAAAAAUGGCCAGUUGAAUUAAUUCAAAGAUUAUUACCAAGACAUUUAGAAAUUAUUUAUGAUAUAAAUUUAUUUUGGUUACAAUCUGUUGAGAAAAAAUUCCCUAAUGAUCGUGAUUUAUUAUCAAGAGUCUCUGUUAUUGAAGAAUCUCAACCAAGACAAGUUAGAAUGGCUUAUUUAGCCAUUAUUGGUUCUCAUAAUGUUAAUGGUGUUGCUGAAUUACAUUCUGAAUUGAUUAAAACUACAAUUUUUAAAGAUUUUGUUAAAAUUUAUGGUUCUUCAAAAUUUACAAAUGUUACUAAUGGUAUUACUCCAAGAAGAUGGUUAAGACAAGCUAAUCCAGAAUUAGCAACUUUAAUUUCUGAAAAAUUAGGUGGAGAUCAUUAUUUAAGUAAUUUAAAUGAAUUGAAAAAUUUAGAACAAUAUGCUGAAGAUUCUGAAUUCCAAAAACAAUGGUUUGAUAUUAAAUUAAAUAACAAGAAAAGAUUAGUUAAAUUAAUUAAAAAUUUAACAGGUAUUGAAAUUUCAAAUCCAAAUGUCCUUUUUGAUAUUCAAGUUAAAAGAAUUCAUGAAUAUAAACGUCAACAAUUAAACAUCUUGGGAGUUAUUGCACGUUAUAUUCGUAUUAAAAAAGCCUCACCAGAAGAACGUUCCAAGAUUUUAUCAAAAGUUGUUAUAUUUGGUGGGAAAUCUGCACCAGGUUAUUAUACUGCAAAAUUAAUUAUUAAAUUAAUUAAUUCCGUUGGUGAAGUUAUUAAUAAUGAUCCUGAAGUUGGAGAUUUAUUAAAAGUUGUAUUCAUUCCAGAUUAUAAUGUUUCAAAAGCUGAACAAAUUAUUCCAGCUUCAGAUUUAUCUGAACAUAUUUCAACUGCAGGUACAGAAGCAUCAGGUACUUCAAAUAUGAAAUUUGUCUUGAAUGGUGGGUUAAUUAUUGGUACUGUUGAUGGUGCAAAUGUUGAAAUCACAAGAGAAAUUGGUGAAGAUAAUAUCUUUUUAUUUGGUCAUUUAGCUGAAAAUGUUGAAGAUAUAAGACAUCAACAUAGAUUUAAUGGUUAUGAAUUACCAGAAAAAUUAACCGAGGUUUUAGAUUUAAUUGAAUCUGGUAAAUUUGGUUCCGGAGGUGAAUAUAGAUCAUUAAUUGAUUCUAUUAAAUAUCAUGGGGAUCAUUAUUUAGUUGGUGAUGAUUUUGAAAGUUAUUUACAAGCUCAUGAAUUGGUUGAUCAAGCUUAUUUGGAUCAAAAAGAAUGGUUAAAGAAGAGUAUUUUAAGUGUUGCUAAUUCUGGAUUUUUCAGUUCUGAUAGAGCUAUUGAUGAAUAUGCUGAAUCUAUUUGGAAUAUUGAACCAAUUCAAGAUUAA